AAAAAGCAUAAAAAAAUGAAUUACCCUUUCAAUGCAUCCACAUCAUCACCAUCAUUUAUCAUAAAAAAGAAAAAUUCAAUUACAUCAUCUUCUCUCACUCUCACACAGACACACACUCACUUCACUCACUCCUUCACCACUACACCUUCCUCUCUGCUACAACCCAUUUCUUUUGUUGCAGAAAUUAAAUUAAAAAUGGCAUUUUCCAAUUCUCUUUUUAUUACCACAGCUUUUACUUUUUUACUUCUCCUCCCAAUUUCCGCCAUUAAUAUCACUUCUCUCCUCUCCUCUUACCCUGAAUUCUCCUCCUUCACCGCCCUUCUCGCCUCCACUCCGUCGUUAACUUCCGAACUCGCCCACCGCACUUCUCUCACUCUUUUAGCCGUACCCAAUUCAUAUCUCGCCUCCUCCGUGGAAUUCACGCGCCACCUCUCUCCUUUCUCCCUCGCUGACCUCCUCCGCUACCAUGUUCUCUUGGAGUACUUCUCCUGGUCAGACCUCCACCAGAUCCCUGCUUCCGGUGUCCUCGUCACGACUCUGUUUCAAACCACCGGCCGGGCUUCCUCCAAUUCCGGUACUGUUAAUAUUACUACCAACUCGUUUAUGAAUACUGUAAAUAUUAACUCACCGUCGCCGUUCUCAUCGUCUAAUGCGACGGUUUUAUCUCUAGUUAAAACUUUUCCGUACAAUAUCUCGAUUGUUUCGGUUAAUAGUCUGUUAAUCCCUGAUGGGUUUAACUUGAUGGCGUCGGAAACUCGGCCUCCGUUGGGUUUGAAUAUCACGAAAGCACUAAUCGACGGCCAUAAUUUUUUCGUUGCGGCGUCGAUGUUGUCAGCUUCCGGCGUCGUUGAUGAAUUCGAAGCUGAUGAAAGAGGCGCCGGAAUUACUCUAUUUGUUCCGACGGAUGCAGCUUUUUCAGAUCUGCCGGAGAAUAUAAAUAUACAGUCGUUGCCGGCGGAGAAAAAAGCGGUGGUUUUGAAAUUUCAUGUCUUGCAUUCGUAUUACCCAUUGGGUUCUUUGGAAUCAAUUGUAAAUCCGCUUCAGCCCACAUUAGCGACGGAGGCCACCGGAGCUGGAAGCUACACUUUGAAUAUCUCACGGGUUAACGGGUCGGUGGCGAUUGAUACCGGGAUUGUUCAGGCGUCGGUGACGCAGACAGUUUUUGAUCAGAAUCCGGUGGCCAUUUUCGGGGUGUCGAAAGUUUUGCUACCGAGAGAAAUAUUUGAUAAGAGUCAAGUUGUGAAUAGUAAUAAGCCUAAGAAUACUGUAAUGGGCAGUGCUCCACCGCCGGAAAAUUCGUUCUCGCCGAAGAGUUCGCCGGGAUCCGAUGAAAAACAGCCUUCACAUCUAUCGGAGCCACCUGGAUUUAGAGAAAUGAAAUCUGGAGGUGGAGCUGUAUUAAAUGGAUUACAAACUUUGUGUUGCUGUAUAGGAUUGUAUCUAAUUGGUAUGAGUUUUAAUUAAUUUAUUUUUCUUUUUUUAUAUUCACUCAUUUUUAUUCUUGUACACGGUGAUUGAAUCUGGCUAAAAAAAAGCCUAUUUUUUUCUUUUCUUUUGGAAUAGACUACAUUUAAUUGUUAAUGUUUCAAUAAUUUAUAUAUAAAAAAUCAUCAUUUUUUUUAA